GCGCGCCUUGCCCGCUGCUCGGCGUGACGCGGGCCCCGUGCCCCGCGCCCACCAUGUCCUACCCGCAGGGCUACCUGUACCAGGCGCCCGGCUCGCUGGCGCUCUACUCGUGCCCGGCGUACGGCGCGUCGGCGCUGGCGGCGCCUCGCAGCGAGGAGCUGGCUCGCUCGGCGUCGGGCUCGGCGUUCAGCCCUUACCCGGGCUCCGCGGCCUUCACGGCACAGGCGGCCACCGGCUUCGGCAGUCCGCUGCAGUACUCGGCCGACGCCGCCGCCGCCGCCGCCGGCUUCCCGUCCUACAUGGGCGCGCCCUACGACGCUCACACGACCGGCAUGACGGGCGCCAUCAGCUACCACCCGUACGGCAGCGCGGCCUACCCGUACCAGCUCAACGACCCGGCGUACCGCAAGAACGCCACGCGGGACGCCACGGCCACGCUCAAGGCCUGGCUCAACGAGCACCGCAAGAACCCCUACCCCACCAAGGGCGAGAAGAUCAUGCUGGCCAUCAUCACCAAGAUGACCCUCACGCAGGUCUCCACCUGGUUCGCCAACGCGCGCCGGCGCCUCAAGAAGGAGAACAAGAUGACGUGGGCCCCGAGAAACAAAAGCGAGGAUGAGGACGAGGACGAGGGCGACGCUGCAAGGAACAAGGGGGAGAGUCCCGACAAGGCGCAGGAGGGCACGGAGACGUCGGCGGAGGACGAAGGGAUCAGCCUGCACGUCGACUCGCUCACGGACCACUCGUGCUCAGCCGAGUCGGACGGGGAGAAGCUGCCGUGCCGGGCCGGGGACCCCCUGUGCGAGUCGGGCUCGGAGUGCAAGGAUAAGUACGACGACCUGGAGGACGACGACGACGACGAGGACGAGGGCGAGCGGGACCUGGCGCCGCCCAAGCCCGUGACCUCGUCACCCCUCACCGGCGUGGAGGCGCCGCUGCUGAGCCCCCCGCCGGAGGCCGCGCCCCGCGCUGGCGGCGGCGGCAAGAUGCCCCUGGGCAGCCGGACGUCGCCGGGCGCGCCGCAACCCGCCAGCAAGCCCAAGCUGUGGUCUCUGGCCGAGAUCGCCACGUCGGACCUCAAGCAGCCAAGCCUGGGCCCGGGCUGCGCGCCGCCAGGGCUGCCCGCGGCCGCCGCGCCCGCCUCCUCCGGGGCGCCGCCGGGCGGCUCGCCCUACCCCGCCUCGCCGCUGCUCGGCCGCCACCUCUACUACACGUCGCCCUUCUACGGCAACUACACAAACUACGGGAACUUGAACGCGGCGCUGCAGGGCCAGGGCCUCCUGCGGUACAGCUCGGCGGCCGCGGCCCCCGGAGAGGCGCUGCACUCCGCGCCCAAGGCGGCCAGCGACGCGGGCAAGGCGGGCGCGCACCCGCUGGAGCCCCACUACCGGCCCCCGGGCGGCGGCUACGAGCCCAAGAAAGAUGCCAGUGAGGGCUGCACCGUGGUUGGUGGGGGCGUUCAGCCCUACCUAUAGAAGGCGCCCUGCGCAGCAAUGCAAGUAAGUGGGCACCCUGGGGUUGCCUCCCACUGUGGGGGAGCCUCCAGCACCAACUGCACUGUAAACUUGCUUACUGUAUAUUUCUUGCUUCUUGUCGUGGAGUCUGAGGACAGAGCCUUGCAAUGUUCUUCGGUGUUGUUUUUUUUUUUCCUUGAAGUGGGAAAGUAGCCAUUCUGUUUUCUUAGAGUCCCUCUUUUCCCACCCAAGUUCUGCUGUGACAAAUCGCUCCUUUAACGGGAACGUGUAUAUUGCACCACAGCUGUUGUUUUCUCUUUGAAAAAUACAUUAUUAAAAUUGGGGUAUUUGUAUGCCGUUUGGAACAUUUUUUACUACACUAGACACGUAAUAGACACUGGCUUUGAUGAGCUAGUGCUGCUGAAGCCUGGGGCAUCAGGACCCUUUAGAGGUGGUGUUUGCAGAGUAAGCCUAAGAGACGCGAGAAGCACUAGCCGUUUAUCAGGCCUGCCCCCGUGUCCAGAUGGACUAGAUAGGACCCUGCGGCUCACCUGGCUCACAGCAGUAUCUCAAAAAAAUCCCUACCUUACAGCUAGGCAAAAUCACUAAUCACGGAUCUGGAUGAUGUCGGGAAAGAGGCACAAUCACUUCAGAUCCACUCGUUUUUAUACUGUGAUGAUGUUGGUGUGCAACUGAAGGAUUUGGGAUGAUUUGGUUUUUUCCUUGGUCCACAGGUAGGUGUCACAAUUGCUUUGGAAAAAAAAAAAAAAAGUCAGCAGGCCAUUCUCUCUCCCCAAGUUCAUAAAUAAACAGAUAUAAAAAUCACAUCUCUAAACCCGGACCGCAUCUUGUGCCGCUGUAAAGGAGAAGGAUCCACAGACUCUAACCGAACAGACCUUUGUUGGACAUAACGUGAAUUUGUUGGCAUAGUAUAGCUUCCCCAAUGUAUGUGUGACUUCUGAAAACAAUCUUUUUUCUCAGGAUAUCUUGAAUUGAUCACUUCAUUGCCACGGUAUAUAUUCUAUAGGUGUGAUAGGAUUUACUGUAAAAUUUAUUUGUAAAAGAUGUACACAGUAGAAAUAAAAUGUGAUUGAAGAACUUGAGUACUUAAGAAGUGGAAACAAAUUUGAUAUUUAUUUUUAUAAUGAUAUAAAGCUUCUAGUAAUUUAUGCAAGUUGUAUUGCAAUGGAAUCUAAACUUUUUGUAAAUAAAUUCUGCCUGGUUUUUAUUUGAACAUUGCUGGUUAUACAAUCUUUGUUGGUUGUUUAACAAGAAUUCUUUACUAAUUUAUAUCUUAAAUUGUAAAUAAAAACAGACUAGUCUACGACAA